AUGGCGCCAAGCUCUUUCAACUGCGCCCUCAUCUUCUUUCUUAUUAUGACCUCCAGGCUGACUGAGAGGCUGACACGCAAGCAAAGCUCUUGCUUCAGCUGGAGAGUUUUGGCCACGUUGAUUCGCAGAGAGAUCGGAGUUCCUGAUGAGAUCAAUGAAGAUACCAUAUGGCCUGGGAGUGGCAGUCAAAGAAAGACACUUAAGGCCAUUCACAAGAAGGGUAAACAAGAUAUAUACCAGCGUGGCCAGCGCCAUCACACUUUUUCCCAUGAUGAAAUCAAUCCUGAUCCAUCCCGUGAAUUCACCUGCACCUUUCUUUUGAAGAUCUGUCCUCUUCUGCCUGGUAGCUGCCUACCUGUUGCCUCCUUCGCAAGUUUAUCAGCCAGUUCGUUGCCUUCGAUUCCCUGGUGUGCCGGAAUCUCAAACGAGGAGAUCCCUAAUAAGGAGCUGCCUGGGUGGGGACUGGGGGGGAUGACAAGCUGCCUGAGGAGGACGAGCCCUGGGGACGACAAGCUGCCUGAGGAGGGCGAGCUGCCUGGGGACAACGAGCUGCCCGAGGAGGACGAGCUGCCUGGGGAUGAGGAGCUCCCUGGGGAUGACAAGCUGCCCGAGGAGGACGAGCUGCCUGGGGAUGACAAGCUGCCUGGGGACAAGGAGCUGCCUGGGGACGAGGAGCUCCCUGGGGACAACAAGCUGCCCAAGGAGGACAAGCUGCCUGGGGAUGACGAGCUGCCUGGGGACGAGGAGCUCCCUGGGGACAACAAGCUGCCCGAGGAGGACGAGCUGCCUGGGGAUGAGGAGCUCCCUGGGGAUGACAAGCUGCCCGAGGAGGACGAGCUGCCUGGGGAUGACAAGCUGCCUGGGGACGAGGAGCUCCCUGGGGACAACAAGCUGCCUGAGGAGAACAAGCUGCCUGGGGAUGAGGAGCUCCCUGGGGACAACAAGCUGCCCGAGGAGGACAAGCUGCCUGGGGAUGAUGAGCUGUCUGGGGACAAGGAGCUGCCUGGGGACGAGGAGCUGCCUGAGGAGGACAAGCUCUCUGGGGAUGACAAGCUGCCUGGGGAUGACAAGCUGCCUGGGGACAACAAGCUGCCUGGGGAUGACAAGCUGCCUGGGGACGAGGAGCUGCCUGGGGACGAGGAGCUGGUAGCUUUUUGGUGGGCUGCAAUAUCCAGCCCAUGA